AAAGGAAAGGGACUUCAGAAAAUGUUCACUCCCCUUCCUCGGCAUUGGCGUCACAUUCGCAGCCGUCUCACUCCUCUCGCACAGCAUCCGCUUCUCCUGCCAAACCCUAGCACCUCCGUCCUCCGACCCCCUCAGCUCCGGCGAUGGCCUCCACCCCGCACCCUCCGCCGCUCAUCGGCAAGUCGGGAAACCUCACGGUGUUCUUCACGCCAUCGGCGGAGCACGAGAGCCCGGGGUCCGAGUUCUCUACGCCCCCGACGAGCCCUCGCGCCGAGGACUCCCCUGAAUCACCACCGGCGCAGACAGCCCCUCCGCCCGCGCCUGUUUACUCAGUAUCCACGCCGCAGCUUGUCAAGAUGGUCUCCCCGCCGCUUCCCGCCGAGAAGCUCUCCCGACCCUCGCUGGUCCAGGUACCGUCGCCGCCCGUCAAGUCGGUCUCAACGCCGCUGCAGGCACCAAAGGUCUCUUCCUGCUCCUUGCCACCGGUCCAGGUGCCGCCAUUGCAGUUCGGGAAGGCUUCGGCAGGAUCAGAUGGAUCGCUGCUUGCGUUCUUCUGGGACGCGGUUGCACGCAUGCAAGAAGCACACGCGAGCUUGGACGAGCACAUCUCGAGAUGGUUCGGGCUGGACCAGUCCAAGUACCAGUGGGCGCUCAACGACUAUUAUGAGAGGACCGGGCAGGUAAAACAUUCAAUUCCUGCAAGGUUGGCACGUCAUAGCUAUAUUUAUUAAGGUUGGAGAUCUGAUCUAAUGAACAGGGCUGGGACCUGGGAGGUUGGUAAUGGUUCAAUUUGUGAUGACAUCUAUGGCGAUUUAUCUGGCUAUUGCCUCAGACCUCCCCCCUUGGGCUCUCAAGGAAUUUUACAAGACAUGAUCUAAAAUCCCUUGGCUGUUUUUUGAGAAUGAUUUUGGCGAUUUUCACAGAAGCGGACUGAGAAGAAGCGUUUGGCACCCAGAAGUUGAUCUAACGGCAAGAGUCUAGCCACAAGCCGAAACAAACAGGCCUAUUGAUGUCUAGGAUCUUGUUUCGAGUGUGCAGUUGCAACCUGACUUAGCACUGCCUCUGAAUAGUACUAAUCCAAGUCUGCCUAUAGUUCUUUGGCUCAGUGCAAUUUGAACCUUGGAAACUCAUUUGGAAUACUUGGACGCCGAAGAAGUGUCAAUUUUUCCUCUGGCUUGCUUUUCCAUAAUAGAUGCUGGUUCCUUGUCUUCCGUCGCUAUGGGCUACCGGAGUUUUGGGUGUGUUGUACUCUUCUGAGUUCUUAAGACCGUGUUCAGCAGAACACUGUUUUACACUGUAGACUAUACUGUUCGCAGAGUGGAGUUUGAAAUAGGAGAUAGGAUGGGAGAUAGAAUGGUUAAGCUGCUGGAGAUAGUCUAAUGCAAUGAUACACAGCUGUUCUACAUAUUCAAGAAAAAACUAGUAAAUGGACUCAUGAUACCUCAGUAUUCACUCCCUUGAUUCGCCAAACCAAACAUUCCAUUAGAGUUGCAGUUGAUGCCAUUGUUGUUGUACAAGGAUUCGGCAAUGCUAAAAUGAUUCAAAUU